UCUUUGCGCAGCUCCAGAUGCCUGAAACCCCGCAACGUGUUGUUCAUACUCUGUCGUCUCGACUGCGCGAAUCAAACUUCAAGGCUCUACACAUCUCAAUACUUUCCUUCUGCUGCGCUUUAAUCCCACUGGUCCACCAUACCCGAUAUGGUUAUUGUACCUCCUUGUGAUAUCUUAACUUAACUUGCACCUGUCACGAAUUGGAAAAUUCUUUCGAAAUGUCUACUCAUGGCUAUGGCUCAUGGGGGCGCUGUGCCUCGUGUAUAACGCGCUGCAAUGUUCUAUAUCCACGGAGACUUUUGAACUGUGAUCAUCUACGGAGUGACUGCGAAAUCAAUGUGGUAUGACUUUGCAUCGCAGUUAACGCAGCCCGACCCGCGCUCGUGUCUCUAGCGCACUUGCCCACACCUUCGGCACUAGUUGAACUACUUUUCACCUGUGGCGCUUCUCUGUACUAGGACUACGCUCUGAUUUUUUCCGUCUUCGAAUGCAUGAGCUGAUGUUCUCAACACAUCCGUGACGUUUGACAUCAUGUAUUGCUUUCUUAGUCCUAUCAGGAAAAGACUGCGCAUCAAGGUUUAGACAGCGUAUAAGACCACGUAUCCGCUCGGAUCUCGAAAAUAUUGCACUACUUUUGAUGCAAUUCAAGAGCUGCUGAAACCUUCGUAUCCCGUGAGCGAGAGGACUUUACUUUGUGCGCGUGCCAGGUCCAAUGCGCGACUUGCACGCACCUUUCGUUUAGCGAACACAUUCGUGUCAGAGGACCCACAGCUACAUCGAGAGUUCAUAUCC